UCGAGCUGGGAAAAGCGUGCGCGCCACGCGCGCUUCUGGUGUUACAAUUAUCAAACAAAUUAAAAGAACCCGUGGGUGACGGCGCGAUUACAAAAAAAAUCGGCUCGUCAUCGUGAUACGGUAAUUUAACGGAAGAAGAGGAGUAUUAUCCGUACGGGUGUGCGCGCUUGCGUGUGUCUAUAUACAUACAUACAUACAUAUACGUAUCGGUAAGCAAUCGAGAGAGAGAGAGAGAUCGGCAAGGGAGCGGGGCGGCGGUGUUUUGCAACAAAGUGAAGGUGGAGUGCCGAGAUAUCGCGAGGGCAGCGGAGAAGACGGAAUUAAUACAGGCAUGCACGCGAGGUGCGGGCCUGGUGGCUACCUGCAGGGCCUAGCGCCCGAUGGCAUCCGCAGCCGAUAGCUGACGACUGUCAAGAAAAGAGGAUGAUACUUUACACGUUUUGCGCCGCUCGAUGCUAGUCGCGGGAAAAAAAAAAAAAAAAAAAAAAUUACAAGGAGCAACGGACUUCUCCUGCUUUCUCGCACGCUCUGUUUCAUACCGAUUUUCCGUUGGCGUUACAUCUACGCGCGUGAGUGUACGUGCAACGAGUGCCGCUAUAUAAGUUUUGCACUUGGUGUUGGGUAUAUACCCGCCAGCCUACGGAUCUAAAGAAAAUUACCACCGACACGUACCUAUACUUACAAUAUUGCAAUAGAUGGUGUACAGCGGUUUUCAAGCAUAACUAAAUACACACGUAUAUUUGCUCUCGCUCCUUGUGGAUUUCGCGCGUUUAACAUUAUUAUAUAGUUAUGCAGUGUCCAUUGGUUUAAGAAGAGCAUAGUAAUAAUUAUACCAAUUACAAGAAGGAGAAGAUAAAAGCCGAUAUUCACAAUGGAGAAACCGGUGAUGCUGCCUUGGCUGAUGGUGUUGCUCGUGCACUUGGCGCGGCCCGGCGUGCAAGGUUUGUCGACGAUAGCCAGCGAGGAGGAGUUCCUGAGCAACGGGGCAGCACCGGCCGAGCAGAUGUCGGGUUGUUACUUCUCGGCAAAGUACCAGGGCGAGUUCGUGAUGCAGGUGCCGAGGGACGAGCCGGUUAAACGCCGGGCCGAGGACGAGCCACCCGUGCGAUACGCAGCCCUGAACAUAACCUUCAACGCCAUACCCGCCUGGGGCUACUGCUACCGCAGGAUCGACGACAAAGUUCUACUGAGGGACAGGUACGCGCGAGGGGGCUACGACCACUGUAUCCGAUGCUUCAGGCUGGCGCGGCGCUCGGCCAACGUCAUCGAGGUCUUCUCGCAGAGCCUGGACAGGUGUUACGCCAACGAGAGCCUCGCCGUGGCCUCCUGCCAACACCUCGACGUCAGCUCCAUCCUCUACCGUACGCUCGACGUGGGCGACGAGCCGGUGAGGAACGAGUUUUGUCCGCUGUCGGGCAAGUACCGGUACAAGUACAGCGUGAACUACGAGUACGGGGCCCUCGAGCACAACAGCGCCGAGACGAGGGACGAGUGCACCUCGUUCUCCUCGGACGUCGACAACUGCCCGAACGGCUCGAUUCUUAAUUUUCGCUUCCGGCGGUGCACCUUCGAGGACCACGACGCGACCUUCGAGUGCCUGGGCAGUUGGCCGGCUUCCCCGGGCGCGAGAGCGAGCAGCGACCCGCUCAGGUACGUGGCAUUUCUGGACAGCAGGGGCUCAACGAGUUUUUCUGGGCCCGCCAAACGCAGACGGCCGAGGUAUCGCUGCGGGUUGUAUCACGUCGACAGCAAAACAGGGAAAACGUAUCUGACGUUGAGCAGCGACUCGAGCUGCUCGGCGAACCUGCACAACUCGACCAGCGGCUACGAGAGCCUCGUCCUCAGCAAGACGACGACGCAGAAGAAGAUGCCGGACUACGUCAUCGAUAACUUGAACACGUUUCCCAGAUGGGCGCAGGGCGAGUGGGAGGAGACGCUCAUAGUCAACGGGACGAUGACGUUCAACGACUUGAACGGCUACAAGAGUUUUACCUUCGUCACCGUAGACUCGAACGACCAGGACGGUCGGUACAUCGUUUUCUUCCGAGACCAAUGCGAACAAGAAGCCUACUCGUGCAUGGUAAUGAAGCAGCGCAGCGAGAACGUUUUGGAGUUCAUGACAGUGACGUCCUCGAGUCCGGUGUACCAGCCGUAUCUGUGCAACAACACGAGCCGACUGCUGGACCACGCGGUCUGGUGGACCCUGGCCAGGCUCGAGCCCAGCGAGUCGGCUUGCCCGAUAACGGGCCAGUACAUCGGCCAGAUAACGGACGUGCCGGGCACGUGCGCCGAGCUCAGCAGCAACUGCUACACGAGGCAGAUCAUGUACUACAAGGUCUACGGCUGCGAGACCGGCGAGCUCUUCGAAGAGAGGACGUACCUGUGUCUGGGCCAGUGGGAGGAAAAGGGCCUGACGUACACGUACACCAUGAGGAACGACACGAAGACGCACGAGUGCUUCGUGGGAGCGAUCGUCAGCGACGACGAGAUCUACAUAAAGGAGGCCGGCGACUACUGCUUGAGAACCAUCGACCCGAGGACGGAGGGCAUGCGGCUGUACAAGAACGGCGAGUGUUACGGUAACUCGUCGAGCCCGGCCCCGACGAUACCCACGAAAACAACGACCCGACUGUCCACGGUCUCGAUCACGACGCCCGUGAGGACCGUGUCGUCGACGACCGUGCGGACGACUGUCACCACGAGGACGAGGGGCUUUGUCCUAGGGUCGUUCACCACGACUACGACGACGACGACGACGUCCGAAAGAACGACGAGUUUGAAAUCAUCGACAGAUUCGGUCAGAGUGAACGGAUCGGCGAUUGCGACGCUGUUACUCGUCGUUUGCCUACUCAAUCGGCAGCUCCUUUGGUUUUACGCAUCAAGAGAAUGAUGUGAUGACAAUAAUCGUGAUCAACGAAUCAACCAUUGACGGUUACAGGGAGGACGGGGAUUUGUUGAAAAAUCUCGCGUCGCCCUGGCGUACUCUUUAAGGCCCU